AUGGAAUCGCCGGAACACAUUGGACUCACAGUUACCAAAGCCAUACUUGAACCGAUUCAAACCGCAAAUAAUCACACCCCAGAUGCGCGUCCGGCCACACGACAACCAUGGCAAGACCGUCUCGCAGAACUGGCGCUUCUCGCAUCAGCAUCCCUCGGCGCAGACAACAGGGACAGCAACGCUGGCCCAUUGAUCCACCAACACCUCGAUGCGAUUGAAUCUAUCCUCCGUGAUCCGCAGCCGGAGCUCGCGCAAGAGGAAGCGCAUAGCGUUCGGCGUCGGAGCUUUCGCACAAAGUCUUUGCUAGGAGAUCCCGAUGCCGCCGAUUUGAAGGAGCCGGCUUGGCUAGCGAAGAGUCGUAUUGAUGAGCGCAAGCGGGAAGAGCUCUCGUGCCAGCUCACAACGCUUUUAGAAGAGGUCACUUCUUUGAAUCAGGAGCUAGAGCAGCGACAUAUAGAGUCUGUUGAAAUUCGUGAGGUCUAUGAGGAUCGUUGUCGGGGGUUGACAAGAACGGUAGCUGAACUUGAGGAUGAAGUAUCAGAGCUUCGCUCGGACCUGGUGGAAGAUGCAAUUGAGUUGGAAGGAAUUCAGGGAACGAUUCAUGAAUUACAACAUUGGAUUGAAGGAAUGCAGGAAGAACAGAAAAGAGCCCGGGCUGCGAAAGAUCUCAUACGCCGAAAAAACAAACGAGGCUGGGGUGGUCGCAAACACUAUGAUGAAAUUGGUGAAACAGAGGGAGAGAUUGUACUUGAUGGUCUGAGCGCCUGGAUGCGCGGAUGGAAAGAUGUUCAAGAUGGAUUUCAGGUCCGAGCGCGAGGGCGAAGAACAAGGCGAGAACAGAGACAACGUCAGCUGUUAAAGACAUGA